GCACGCGAUUCUCAUUUGAAAGGCAGUACUUCACGUGCGGUUGCUCGAAGAUCGUCCGUCCCAACAGAUGUGCCACGAGCUACGAGCAUUGUUCUCGACCUUCCGGCUCUCGCUCUAAGAGUUUUCCCUAUCGAUCAGAGCAGGAUCUCAGAAAAAUCGGUCUGUUUUCUGUUACGAGCAAUCACGAGCCCCGGAUCGUCGAACUGGCAAGCAAUCUCGUUCGCAGAUACGUUCGUCUUUGGACAGAAUGGCUCGUGGACAACAGAAGAUCCAGUCACAGGCCAAGGCGGCUGAAAAGGCUGCGAAAGUGAAAAAGCAGCAGGGACACAGUGCCAAUGAACAGAAAAAGGCUGCGCAGAAGGCUUUAGUACACGUGUGCAUAGUUUGUAAGGCACAGAUGCCAGAUCCAAAGACGUACAAGCAGCACUUUGAAAACAAACAUCCCAAGAACGAUUUGCCGGAAGACCUGAAGAAUAUAUGAGAGUGAGAUAUGUAAGAUAUGUAAUGCGGGUUGGGAUGGAGCAAGAGCAACAAAAGAAGAUCAUUGCAAAAACGACAAAGUGAUAUAGUUCGACGUUCAACUAAUCAUUAAAUAGUCUCGUAUAAGAAAAGUAAAUUAAAAACCUUGUUAGUGUUUAAAAUGAACUAUUGCACAGUUAACGAUUGAAUUUUUUGUGCACAGCCAGGGAUCGUACUAUUAUUACACUUCGCAAAACUUGAAAAUUUUUCAGUUUUCUCGUCACGGGAUAAUCGGUAAUCGUUCGUCUGACCGCCUGGUUUGUUAAGUAACGGCUGAAACAUGUACAUUACUCAGAAAUAAAGUUGAUCAAUUUACCAGAAAUGAAUACGAAUGUUCAUGCGUGUUUCACUUGUUGCAGGCAUCAGUAUAAAAUGAUAUUCGUUGUGCGUUAGUUUUUUUUUUCUUUUAACUUAGGAAAGAAAAAGAAAAGAAAUGUAUCGAGAUGUUUCUUGUGUUCAGAAUUGAGGAAUUAAAUUCAGAAUUGAGAUAUUAGGGAAGAAUUUUAUCUGCGUGGAACGAAAACUGCCAUUUUACAGUGUUUCUGCCAGUUAGUCUGUCGAUAAGAGUUGUAGUAUGUUGUAACUUUGUAACGCAUGAAUUUUUCUAUGAGUUUUUUCGUACAUUCGAGGAGUCUGAUUUUGAAAGAAUUGUGUUUUAGGUCGAUAACAGUAAGAUGUAAUUUACUUGAUGGAUGCUAAGUUCUCUGAUACGACUAAAUUCUAGCAUUUAGUACUUAAAAUUCUUUGUUCUUUCAUACUGAGAAUAAUUGAUUCGACUCUUCUUCUAAAAAUUUGUUUUGUAAAACGUUUCCGUCUUACACUGUAUAUUUGCUAUCUGCGCACUUGAGGGAAACAUGGCAAAGCACUGCACAAUCAUCUAGUGUGUAAUAAAGAAUCUGUUAUUCUCGAAAUAUAUAUAUUGCAAAUAUAUAUAUUGUAUUAUACCUUAAAAAUAUGCUUUAAAAGAUUCUCACUGAAAUCGCUAAUGAAAAUCGCACGUUCGUUGUUCGGUGACGAGGUUUCAUGGGAACUUCUAGCUUCUAACUAGUUUAAUAUAGAAAUAAGUAUAUAUGUGAAUUAUGUAAUUUGUUCUGACAAAACAAUUAUAGAAUUUUACACCA